UUAUCCGUGAGUGCACUUUUUUUUUAUUUAUAUCUUUAUCGGUAUGCAAUUAUUGCUAUGCAUACAGUUCACCACAAGGUGACUCGUUGAUUCAAAACAUUCGAUACAGAGACUCCAAAGUCCAUUUGGCACUCCCGCUUCAGUUAUCGCUCUCGCACGUGAACUGUUCCAGUUACUUCGGGAUCUCCGAGCAGUUACAGAUCGUCGCUUGUCGAUUGCUUACUUUGCACUACGAAGUCUUCCGGAAAUUUUUCCGCUAUGUUGAAGGGAAUCGUAGCUUUAGUGACUGGGGGAGCUUCUGGGUUGGGGCGUGGUACUGCACAAAGAUUUGUCCAGCAAGGUGCUAAAGUAGUCAUUGCUGAUCUACAAAGUUCCAAGGGGAAAUCUGUAGCUGAUGAGCUAGGUGAAUCUAAUGCAGUAUUCUCACCUACGGAUGUAACAUCAGAAUCAAAUUUCCAAGCAACCUUGGACCUUACAAAAGAGAAAUUUGGUAAAUUAGACGUGCUGGUGAACGCAGCCGGUAUCGCAAUCGCUCAUAAAACAUACAACAGCAAUAAAAAGAUCUCCCACAGUUUGGAAGACUUUGCCAAGGUCAUCCAAGUCAACACUAUAGGCACGUUCAACGCCAUUCGUCUCUCGGUGGGGUUGAUGAUCGAGAAUAGUCCAGAUCAAAACGGUCAGAGGGGCGUGAUCAUUAACACAGCGAGCGUAGCAGCUUUCGAAGGUCAAAUAGGUCAGGCCUCUUACUCCGCGUCAAAGGGCGGAGUGGUAGCUAUGACGCUGCCGAUCGCACGCGAUCUCGCGAAAGAUGGGAUUCGCGUAGUGACGAUUGCGCCGGGGCUCUUUGACACGCCCUUACUGAUGGCAUUGCCCGAAAAAGUACGCGUCUUCUUGGCGAAAUCAGUGCCUUUCCCUCAAAGACUGGGACUGCCCGACGAGUACGCAAUGUUAGCGCAGCAAAUCGUCGAAAAUCCGAUGCUAAAUGGGGAAACUAUUAGACUGGACGGUGCACUGAGAAUGCAAUCUUGAAGAGUCGAUCUGGAAAUUCUUCUGUGUACUGUUGAUAGACGAAUGUUGAAAAUUGUUUUCGAUCGUUAUUGCGAUUUUUGUGGUUCGGAUAUCAAUGAUUUUUUACUAUUAGACUCGUAUUACUCUUAUAAUAGUGGUGUAUAAGAAAUAUGAGAAAUAUAUAAUUUUUACACGCAACA